CGACGCGUUUAUCUAGUGUGACUGGAAAAUGGCCAUUCCCUCACGUAAAAAUGUGCACCGCGCCCAGCGCAAGCAGAUCAAGAAGCACCGUCCCGAGAUUAUCGUGAUUGACCUUCGGGACCAUGUCCUAGGGCGUGCCGCGGCCGUCGUCGCCAAGCAGCUACUCCUAGGAAAGAAAAUCACGGUGGUGCGAUGCGAGAAGCUCACCAUCGCCGGGACGGAGAUUCGCAACAAGAUCAAAUACCUGCAGUUCCUCCGCAAGCGCAAGCUGACAAACCCCACCCUGGGCCCCUUCCACCACCGCUCCCCCUCCGACAUCUUCGUCCGGACCGUCCGUUCUAUGCUGCCGCGGUACACGAAGCGCGGGAUGACGGCCCUGCACUCGCUCGUGGCCUACGAGGGCGUCCCCCCGAACGUCGUGCGGGCGGGGGGCCGCGUCGUGAUCCCGCGGGCCCAGCGCCACCACUGCUACCGCGCGGAGCGCCCCUACACCGUCCUGGGGAACAUGUGCAAGCACGUGGGCUGGAAGUACAGCGACGUCGUGGAGAAGCUCGAGAAGGCCCGUGUGGAGAAGUCGCAGCGGCAUUAUAACAAGAAGGAAAAGCUCCGCCAGGCCUGGCGCGACGCGCGCCAGGAGGCGCUUCAGAAGAUGCCAAAGCACAACGUCGAGGUCCUCAAGAAAUUUGGCCUUGCCUAGGCGAUACGCGUACGAUAUUUUAUGUUGAUUUGAUGCUUUCUUA